GCAUUCGAAGGAGCUGCGGCUGCAGGCGGCGGAAACUCUGCCGUAUCCAGAGCCCCUUCCGCCGCCCGCCUAUCUGCCUCCGCCCUUGUCAUGGCUCCUGAGCAAGAGCCCGGUUCGUGCUGACGGCUUGGCGGCCCUCUUCGCGGGCACCGCAGGCGGACUCAGGAUCGACCAUAGAACCUGGAGUCUGCAAUAUCAUCCCGACCACGUGCAGGUCAAGAACGCAAGCGCCCUCGAGGCCUUCGAACGGCACUAUGGCUACUUCAUUGACGACGAGCUUAGGGGGCUCGACUCUUCGGCGCGUGCUGAGAAGGUCGUCUCUAUCUACUCCACGGCGCUCUACGCACCCAUCAACGAGCACCGCUUCGGGCCGGGCACCUUGGCGCAGAAGCUCGGCGGUUUUGAAUGGCAGUGGUGGCUGAUCGUGGAGGCCGAUUUGGUGCGGGAGUAUCGGAGGUAUCUGGAACGAUUCGAUGCACAUGGUGCGGCUGCCGCAGCGGCAAGCCAAGCGGUGGACGCCGUGCGGGAGCGGUGGUUCGAGAACGAGAUCGAUAGCAAGUUCAAGAGCUCGUUGGCAUACUCGCGCAAUGUCGAGGGAACGGUUAUGCCGCCCAACAUCGAGUGGAUUCGCGACGACAUCGACCGCCUCAUCCCCUUGCUGGAAAAAAAGUACACAAAUAAGGGGACACUUUGCAAUAAAUAUACGCCGUUGAUGACCCUGUCAAAGCAGCAAGGGUGGAUGGAUUCGUACAACCGAUACUAUCGAAGCUUCUUGAUCGCAAAAACAGCGCAAAUCUCUCAGGCAGGAUCGCAGAAAGCCACCGAAAAAGAAGAGGCCAAUUGGAUCGACAUAGGCGAGAUCAAACAGAAGAUGGAAGAGCUAGGACGGCGCAUCAUGCGCCAAAUCCUCCCCGAGUUCCGCGCGAGCCGGAGGCCGCUCGGUCAAGACGAGGUGAAGUGUGUUUUUCAACACCUCGUGCUGGCGGCAAACGUCCUCGAACCUCCCAAACGACGUGAUUGGGGUAACCUUCCGAUUCGGAAGCUGGACGGCACCUUCUACAAUGAAGCAGCGAAGGCCCUAUACGAAGAGUUUGGCAACGAACUGGUCGAGAAAGCCACCGAUACAUAUGUCAUGGUCCUGAAGACGUUCAAAACUGCCAAAAAGUUCGGUCAGCAGGAGUUCGAGUUGCCAAAAAGGCUCUCGCACUACAUUCAGCGCUCGAUCGAGCUCGUUCCCAGGGCGUACUUCGUGACACUGCUGAGCGAUCUCGGCCAGCCCAUGAAUGAUAACUAUUGGACGCAAUUCAUUCGAGAGAUUCCGUUUUCAAAGGGCCGCCACCUCACGACGAACCAUCUGCGGCACGUAUUCGUGACCGAUAGAUACAACAAAGACGCCUCCCUCUCCGAUCGACAGUCCGUUGCUGGCCGAAUGCUGCACUCCGUUUCGACCCAGAUGCGUAGCUACGAGAGGAAGCGGAGCUAA